GGCGGCACGAGGGGGACCUACACAAUAUUAGGCAGGUGGUUUUAAUGUUGUAGCUGAUACUGUACAUGUGUACAGCAUAUAUAAAAGUCCUUUAAAAUCAUGGCAAUGGUUCUUUGAAAUAAAACAUUUGCACCACCAAAAUGAAGUUUCUCAUGUUAAUAUCUUUGUGAGGCAGAAAAUUGUACAGUAUAUUCCAGUAUGUAUAGGCCUACAGUGGGGUCCAAGAAAAAUUUUCUAUUUGUCAUAUUUCAAAUUUAAUGCAUUAUUUCCUUACAAAUUAUAUAUCAGCACAACAAUUUGAGUGAAAAGUUCAAUUAAAAAUUUCUAAAGCUACAUUCACACUAAAUUUUCGUUUGAAAAUGCAUUGAUCCAUCCAUACAAGAGAGGUGAUCCCCACCACUGAAAACAGAGCGUUUCGAAAACACUCCAAUGCCGCAUACUUGGAAAACGAUGACCUCAGAAAACGAAAAAACAAAACUGAUUAGUGUGGAUGUGGCCUUAGGAUUUGGUUUGUUCCCAAAUGCUAUCAAGGUGCUUUAGUGGAAAUUUGGAAACAUGAAGUUUUAAAGGACUUAACAUGUCACAAAUUUGCUUACAUUUGAUUAGUGACCUGGAAAUAGUGCCGAAUCCCAAAUAUGUCUUCUUAAUGUUAUGUCAACGUUUCUUGUUUAAAAUUUUUGCUUAUUUGUAGGUUUAAAUUAGAUUUUGAAUCCCAGAUAUUUUAAUGUGGUCUCAGACUUUGGAAUAAUAAUAUUUUUUAAAAUCUGUUUAAAUCGACAUUCUUUUGGUGUAAUUAAAUAUUACUUUAAAUUAAUGUAAACAUUCAGCAGUAUAACAUACAGUAGAUUCAUUUACAUUUCAGUUUAAAACGCUUCAUACAGUCUUAAAGUCCUUAUGACAGAUCCCCUCAGACAUAAGGAUUUCAAGAUGACCAUUUAGUAAUUGGUUUUCUGCUUAAACUCUGUCUCUAAUAAUAGAAAAUUAAUAAAAAAAUCUACUUCAAAUGAGAGCACUUGUGGGUACAUUUGCAGGAUUUGCACUAAUUACACCUAAAAGGCUCCACCUUUGGGGCUUCCAUUAUUUUUGCAGAAAUAAUUACUUUACCCAAUGUUGCUCCCUGGGUCACAUGCACUGGCGGACAUUAGUCUUUCAGUUAAUGAGGAACUGCUACAGCAAUGAUCAGUCAUUGCUCAAGGCCAAAGUCUUUCAUUUGGAACCACCGUGAGCUUGUCAUGGUGGUUUGAAGCAGCUAAAUGAAGGUCAUGGCUUGGAAAAUUCACUGAUCAAGACGAAUAUACUAUCUUGGUCAACAUAUUUCUCCAUGGACCAUUUGUCCAUAUAUGGUUUAUAUAACUUUAGCUUGUAUCUCAACAAAUAUUUACAUUUCAUUGUUCAGAAAGUUUGAGCUCUCAUGCUUAAGCCUGAUCACUAUCUGGCCAAAAAAGCAAUUACCUAAGUUAUAGUAAUACAGUAUUUCAAUAAUUUGAUCAAUCAUACAAGCUGACUAUAUGUUUUCCAUAGUAUAUUAAAUAAAGUGCUCAUUGUCAGUCUCUUGAGAUACACAUAAAUGACAUGCAGGACUCACUCUUAAAAAAUGCAGCUGUCCUUGAGAACCUCUUUCAAGGAUAUGUUACCAAAGAUCUUAGUCAUUACAUGUUCUGAUGAUGUUUACAAGCCCCAGUACAAGCUAAAGGCCCUACAGCAACACUUAAGAAUUAAUGACCGUUAAAAAAAGUUCCUGAAUAUGUUCUCACACUAAUUAAACAGUCAAAAGAGGUUCCUUCUGGCUCAGGUAUAAUAUAACCCUCCGAAUCAACCCCUAGCUUUACUCAGACGUCUGUUAAUUCACUUAUGGUGAAGAUCGUCCACAGGCCAAUGAAGGAAUGAACCUCACAACCAACAGAAGUCAGUUCUCGGUCUCUUCGGGACAGAGCAAUGGAGACUACCGUAAAUUCAGUUUGGGGGGAUGUAGUAGUAAUGAUACUGAAAGCGUGGCCUCACGCAGCUCUGGGGUCUUUUCUGGAUAUGACACGUUGGAUACCCCACCAAGUUAUGACUUCUAUACUAACACAGAGGUUUUUGGGAGAGCAAGGAAAUCAAGACCUUCUCUCUUUCAGCUUCACUCCAACCGUCAGGAUGACCCAUCUCCACCUCCUCUGUAUGAGGAGACGAGUGUGGACAAACAGAGCCCAGAGGAAGAUGAACCUGCAGAACCUCCUCCAGAACCAGCUCGCUUUGGAUGGGCUCAGGGAGUCAUGAUUCGCUGUAUGCUGAAUAUCUGGGGAGUUAUUCUGUACCUGAGGCUUCCCUGGAUAACAGCUCAGGCUGGGAUUGGUCUUACUUGGAUUAUAAUCUUGGUGUCCUCCUCUAUAACGGGCAUCACUGGCCUGUCCACAUCAGCAAUUGCCACUAAUGGAAAGGUUAAAGGAGGUGGAACAUAUUUCCUGAUCUCUCGUAGCUUGGGCCCAGAGCUCGGAGGUUCAAUUGGGCUUAUAUUUGCUUUUGCUAAUGCAGUGGCUGUGGCCAUGCACACUGUGGGCUUUGCAGAAACAGUGCAGGCUCUUAUGCAGGAGAGUGAAGUUAGCAUGGUAGACCAACUUAAUGAUAUCCGUAUCAUUGGAGUGAUCACUGUCACCUGCCUGUUGGCUAUCUCAAUGGCUGGAAUGGAAUGGGAGUCCAAGGCCCAGGUCUUGUUCUUCUUUGUCAUAAUGGUCUCCUUUGCCAGUUACACUGUGGGUACCAUCAUACCAGCAUCUCCACAGAAGCAAGCCAAAGGUUUUUUCAGCUACAGAGCCGAUAUUUUUGCGGAAAACUUUGUGCCCGGCUGGCGUGGACCGGAGGGCAGUUUCUUUGGCAUGUUUUCCAUCUUCUUCCCCUCAGCUACAGGCAUCCUUGCGGGGGCUAAUAUCUCUGGAGAUCUGAAGGACCCCAAUAUUGCUAUACCCCGUGGUACAAUGCUGGCUAUUUUUUGGACCACUUUGUCUUACCUCAUAAUCUCAGCUACCAUUGGCUCCUGUGUAGUGCGUGAUGCUUCUGGUUGUUUGAAUGACACCGUGUCGUCUCUGUCAGGGGACUGCUUGGGUGUGGGCUGCAACUAUGGCUGGAACUUCAGUGAAUGUAUUACCAACAGGACCUGCCCUUUUGGAAUCAGCAAUAAUUAUCAGAGUAUAAGCAUGGUGUCGGCUUUUGCUCCUUUGAUCACUGCUGGCAUUUUUGGAGCCACUCUUUCCUCAGCCCUGGCAUGUCUGGUGUCUGCCCCUAAAGUGUUUCAGUGCCUUUGCAAAGACAACCUGUAUCCAGGCAUUGGAUUUUUCGGGAAGGGUUAUGGGAAGAAUAAUGAGCCAUUGAGAAGCUACCUGCUAACCUACAUCAUCGCUAUAUGCUUCAUUCUUAUUGCUGAGCUCAACACCAUUGCUCCCAUCAUCUCCAACUUCUUCCUCUGCUCUUAUGCCCUCAUCAACUUCAGUUGCUUUCAUGCCUCCAUCACUAACUCACCAGGUUGGCGUCCAACUUUUCGAUUCUACAGCAAGUGGCUGUCUUUGCUUGGAGCUGUAGUGUCUGUAAUCAUCAUGUUUCUCCUAACCUGGUGGGCUGCUCUCAUAGCCAUUGGCAUAAUCAUCUUCCUGCUGGGAUAUGUGCUGUAUAAGAAACCUGAUGUCAACUGGGGCUCGUCAAUGCAAGCCAGCUCGUACAACAUGGCGCUAUCUCACUGUGUAGGUCUCAACCAAGUUGAAGACCAUAUUAAGAAUUAUAGACCACAGUGUCUUGUUCUCACUGGACCACCCUCUAUGCGUCCUUCCCUGGUGGAUUUUAUCAGCAGCUUCACCAAGAACCAGAGCCUGAUGAUAUGUGCAAAUGUCAUUACAGAGGGACCCUCGCCUGGUGCUGUAGACUCGGCCAAUAGCAGUACUCACUUAAACUGGCUAAACAAGCGCCGCAUUAAGUCCUUCUACCACACUGUAGUGGCUGAUGACCUUCGCUAUGGUGUACAGAUGUUGCUCCAGAGUACGGGAUUGGGUCGGAUGAAGCCUAAUAUCUUAGUGAUGGGAUUUAAGAAGAACUGGCGUAAAGGACAACGGAGCAACUUAGAAAACUAUAUUGGAAUUUUGCACGAUGCAUUUGACCUGCAAUAUGGUGUUUGUGUCCUUCGGAUGAAGGAGGGUCUUGAUAUAUGUCGAACAAUGCAGGCACAUGUGAAUCUAGGGUUUGAGACACCCACUGAACAGGUACUUGACACCAGGACCUCCACUUCUACUACCACACAAACAAUUGACACAUCAUUGGAUCCUGAGACACUGAUGGCCAUGUCUCAGCCUGCCACUGUGUUUCAGUCUAGACAGGGCAAGAAGACCAUCGAUGUUUAUUGGCUCUCUGAUGACGGGGGUCUGACACUAUUGGUGCCUUACCUCCUGACCCGUAAGAAGCGAUGGGCCGGAUGCAAAGUGAGGGUGUUUGUCGGAGGUGAAGUUCAGCAGAUUGAGGAACAGAAACAAGAGCUUAAAGCUCUGAUUGCCAGGUUCCGUCUGGGUUUCCAAGAUAUUCAAGUCCUUCCUGACAUCAAUGGAAAACCACAGUCUGAGCACAUAAAGAGAUUUGAAGAUCUCAUAGCUCCAUAUAGAGUAAGUGCAGUUCAAAAGAAUGAUCAAGAAGCUGACGAGACAACGAAGGAAUGUCCCUGGAUGGUGUCUGAUGAGGAGGUGGAAAAGUUCAAAGCAAAGUCCCUUCGACAGAUCCGUCUGAAUGAAGUUAUUCAAGAUUACUCAAGAGAUGCUGCAUUGAUUGUUGUCACCAUGCCUGUUGGACGAAGAGGGGCAUGUCCAAGUGCCCUCUACAUGGCUUGGUUAGAAAUUGUGUCCCGUGACCUUCGACCUCCAGUUCUUCUUGUCAGAGGAAAUCAGGAGAAUGUGCUGACGCUGUACUGCCAGUGAGCAGCAGCUUUUUCUGACAAAACUGUUCACAUGCCUACAUCCAAUAGAAAUAAACUUAGCUUGUCAAUGUUAAAUUGUUAAAAUCAACUUAUUAAAAUGUUAAAUUAUGACCAAUGUACUUAAUUUCAUGUUGUGUUUUUCAAAGGGUGUUUGUCCUCUUUGGUUUAACUUUAAUUCUUAAUCCAUAAUGUUAAAGGAACACUUAUUCCAAAAAUGAAAUUUCUCUCAUCAUUUACUCACCCUCAUGCCAUCCCAUAUGUGUAUGACUUUCUUAUUUCAGCAGAACACAAACAAAGAUUUGUAGAAGAAUAUUUCAGCUCUGUAGGUCCUUACAAUGCAAGUGAACGGUGACCAAAACUUUGAUGCUCAAAAAGCACAUAAAGGCAGCAUAAAAGUAAUCCAUUCGACUCAAGUGGCUAAAUCCAUGUCUUCUGACGCGAUAUGAUAUGUGUGAGUGACAAACAGAUCAAUAUUUAAGUCCUUUUUUAAUAUAACUUCUCCCUGCCUAGUAAGUGGUGAUAUGCACGAAGAAUGCGAGUCGCCAAAGAAAAAAGAAGAAUAUGAACAUGAAAGUGGAGAUUGAUAGUAAAAAAAGGACUUAAACAUUGAUCUGUUUCUCACCCACACUUAUCAUAUAUCUUUUGAAGACAUGGAUUAAACCACUGGAGUCAUAUGGAUUACUUUUAUGCUGCCUUUAGGCCAUGGGUCCACCAAAGCCCAUGGCAUUUUUUGCCAGCUGAAAAUGCCGGGCGUUCUUCUGAAAAUGGAAGCGCUUGAGAGCGCUUCUUCUGGGGAGCGCUUGAGAGCGCUUUGGUGGCGGAGUGUUUUUCAGCUGAGACACUUUGGUUGCUAUGAUAUGGAAUAGCCAAGGAAGUAAUGUGUUGCAAGUACCUAAUUUUGCAGAGAGUUUGUGUUAUCAACGAGUAUUGAAUGUAAAAAUGUCGGCACAAGGUAGAGUACUUGCUCUGGUCCUUGCUCUGGAUGAAGGGAAGGCUGAAGCAUGUAAUGUUCCUCCAAGCAUUAUUUUUCAUAUUAAUAUUGUGGUAGUCCAGGAAUGUCUUCUGGUACAGACAUGAAUACUCAGAGACCAGCAAUAUAAAAUUCUCCUCCAUUGUUGUUCAGUCGUUGUACAAGUAGGAUGUGACAGUUGGUCGUGUGGUAUUUGUCCCGCCCCUCCUCCACUGUGACUGGACGGCUGGGUAAAAAGUGCAGCGCUUUACCCAAAGUCGAACACUUUUCAAAUCUCUGCGACCAGAAAAAAACGUCAAGCAUGCAGCGCUCAGUGUGGAAUAAACAAUCAGCGCCUCGUCACGCUGCUGGCUUUUAAAAUAUGUGGCGCUCCCAUUGCAAACAAUUGAAAAAAAUAUGCUGGCGUCAGGAAAAAACACUUUGGUGGACACACGGCCUUAUGUGCUUAUCAGAGCUAAAAAAAAAUUGGUCACCAUUCACUUACACUGUGAGGACCUACACAGAGCUCAAAUAUUCUUCUAAAAAUCUUUGUGUUCAGCAGAAGAAAGAAAGUCAUACAGAACUGGGAUGGCAUGAGGGUGAGUAAAUGAUGAGAGAAUUUGUAUUUUUGGGUGAACUAUCCCUUUAAAUGGCUUGUAUUAGUGUUUGCUGCUUUAGUUAUAUGAACUUUCUUCAAAAAAUAAAAGCAAAAGACUAGUCAAUUUUCUCUCUCUCUCUCUCUCUCUCUCUAUAUAUAUAACUCAAGUUUAAUUACAAGCCUACUUAUUAAGUUACAUCUCUGUUGAUUCUUAUUAUCUUAAUUCAACAAUUGAACAAUUUGCUUAUAGAGCAAUAUAUUUUACAAUACAAUUAUAAUUUGUAUAGACUUGUUCUCUUUUUGAUUAAAAAUGUUACUUAAUAUAUUUAAUAAAGUAUUACUUAUGUA